AUGGGAACGUGGAGUAGAUUCAUGUCGAAAAAGCUCAUUUCUGCCACGGCCAUCGGCGUAAGUGGGGUAGCCGGAUAUUGGUUGAUAACACGGAACGGAACCACGGAACUGACCGAUCGACAUACGGUUCUCAACUCUUUCACAACCAACUAUGAGCCAUCUCCCUGCUCUCUUUGGGAUCACAAUUGGGAUCACCGUGAUCCGCGAAGUCUCGUGAAGCCACUAAAGAAAAGUGAAGACCCGGAGGCACAGAAAGAUUAUCUCAAGGAAGUGGAGAAGAAAAAAGGCCGCGCUACACGGCAUCUGAUUCUGAUCCGCCACGGUCAGUACAAUUUGGACGGUGAAACCGAUCUUGAACGCAUACUGACGGAGGUUGGAAGAAAACAGGCCGACUUGACCGGCAACCGACUGAAGGCUCUCGAUAUGCCGUACGAUGCCAUAGUGCGAUCGACAAUGUCCCGCGCGCAGGAGACGGGAGCAAUCAUUGGCCGUUCACUGCCCCACCUAAAGUUCAAAGACUGUUCACUCCUUGAAGAAGGUGCCCCAAUCCCGCCGGAACCACCGAUCGGCCAUUGGCGUCCAGAAGCUUCGCAGUUUUUCCAGGACGGUGCUCGCAUCGAAAGUGCAUUUCGGAAGUAUUUUUACCGCGCUGACCCUUCGCAGAAGGAGGACUCGUACACGAUCAUUGUGUGCCAUGCGAACGUUAUAAGGUAUUUUGCGUGUCGUGCGCUACAGAUUCCGGCCGAGGCCUGGUUACGCUUUUCGCUUGGACACGCGUCGAUCUCAUGGAUAUCGAUAUACCAUAAUGGACGUGUGUCGUUGCGAACGCUGGGCGACUGUGGUCAUAUGCCGAAGGAGAUGCUUACGCGAUAAGUACUUUCCGGUAGUCGUGCUCCGACAGUGAUUUGA